UUUGGCCCUGGUAGCCCCACUUCCACUUCGAAGCCUUCUCUCCCCCCUGACAAGCCUGCGGCGGCGCUCCCUUCCGGCUGGCUGCCUGGCCCCGUUCGUCCCAACGACCCUCUCACACCUCCGGCCACCUCCAAGAAUUGCUCUCUCAUAUUCCUCCUCCCUUCCGGCGGACUCAGAUUGAUCUCUUCUCUUGUCGGAGGGAGUCAUGAUGGAGGUGGGCUUGAACCCGGGGGAGGAAUUGGAUUACGGGGGCAACCAGGAAGACGACGACGACGCCGGGGACAUCUCGCCCGGCAGCAAGGAGCUCGCCGCCAUGGUCGAGGCGGCGGCCGCGGCGGAGAGCGUCGAGCUGGACGACGGCGCCGCCGCGUCGGCGGCGCAGUACGGGGACGACCGCACGCCGAGGGACGGGAUGGUGUUCAAGUCCUACGAGGAGGUGCUCAACUUCUACAAGCGCUACGCCCUGCGCACGGGCUUCGGGGUAUGCGUCAAGAAGUCCUCCUUCACCAAGGCCGGCCUCUGCCGCCGCCUCGUGCUUGUCUGCAACAAGUGGGGGAACGGUAAGGAGGACGCCUGCUACCAGGCCAGGCCGACGGCCAAAACCAACUGCCAGGCCACCGUGGUCGCCAGGCUGUGGGGGGACGGCUUGCUGCACCUGACGGAUGUGAACCUUGAGCACAAUCACGCGCUGAAUCCGUCCGCAGCGCGCUUUCUGAGAUGCUACAAGACACUGCCCAGUGGGAUGAGCAAAGAUCUCGUGGUGAGGGCUGCCAGAGGAGAAUGCUCGGCCACCGGUGACAUUGAUGUCCCAAUAUUUGAUGACUGGGGAAGGCUUAAGAUUGGGGAAGCUGAUGUUGUGGCCAUCAACAGUUUCUUUGCGGACAUGCAGGCAAAGCUACCAAACUCCUUCUAUGUCAUGGAUUUUUAUGUAGAAGGCCAUCUAAGGAGUGUUCUCUGGGCCGAUUCAAGAUCCAGGGCAGCAUAUCAAUAUUUUGAUGAUGCUAUUUUGAUCGAUACAACAUGCUUAAGGAACAAGUAUCAUGUCCCCCUUGUUUCGUUUCUGGGUGUGAAUAACCAUGGUCAGCUUGUAUUGUUAGGGUGUGGCUUGCUGUCAGAUGAGAGCACGGAGAGCUUCUUAUGGCUGUUCAAGUCGUGGUUAACUUGUAUGAAAGGACGAUCUCCAAAUGCUGUGGUUACUGAUGAAUGUGUGGCGAUAAAAGCCGCAGUCCGAGAAGUGUUUCCGAAAACACGCCAUAGAAUAAGUGAUUGGCAUGUACUGAGAAGUGUUUCAGAAAAAUUAGGAGAAUUUCCAGAAUAUGAAGCAAUGAGAACCGAACUGGAGACUGUAAUAUAUGAUUCUUUGAGUGAUGAUGAGUUUGAGGCAAGGUGGAAGAACUGGAUUGAUCGAUUUGGCCUUCAGGACAAUGAAUGGAUCACAUUUCUGUAUGAGAAUCGGCACUUGUGGGCCCCUGCCUUCCUUAAGGACGCCUUCUGGGCUGGGCUUUGCACUUUUAGCCAGCGUGAAAGUCCAAGUGCAUUUUUUGAGGAUUCAAUCAACUCAGAGACCACAUUGGUGUCAUUCCUUGAUAGCUACAUGAUACUUUUGGAGAACAAAUACAAAAUGGAGCAACAAGAUGAUUUUGACUCAUCAAAUAGCAGCAGGGUCGUGAUAUCAAAGUACCCAAUGGAAGAGCAGCUAUCCAGAUUGUACACCUUGAAUAUGUUUAUAAGGUUCCAGGAUGAGCUGAAGGCAACAAUGCAUUGUCAAGUUCAGCUGGAUGGAUCAGCAUCUUCUUUUAUAGUUAUUGAUUUGACUGAACCAGCUAGUGAAAUGCUGAAUAAAAAGUAUGAGGUUGUUCACUGUAUGGCGGCAAACAAGAUGGAGUGUAACUGUGGUCUAUUUCAGUUUUGCGGCAUCAUUUGUAGGCACGCAUUAUCUGUGCUUAAAUGGCAGCAAGUAUAUGACAUCCUUCCUUGUUAUGUACUUAGCAGAUGGCGUAGUGACUUCAAGCUGUUGCACUACUCGGAUAAUCCACCAAAGGAUUUGGCAACAAGUAAUCAUGUUGAACGUUACGAUUAUAUUUCUUUGCAGUUCCUUCGCCUUGUCGAGAUUGGAAUGUCAUCAGACGAGAAGUAUAGGCAUGCAGUAAGGCUUAUAAAAGACAUAAAAGAGACACUUCUUGAUGAUAAUCUGUGCCGUGAUUUGGAGCAGAAACUUACGCCAGCUGAACGUGCGAUUGUGAAUGGUGACAACCAUACACAACCUGGUUCAUCCGAGGGGGGUCCGGCGAAGAAGCGCCGAGGACGUCCUCCUAAAAAGAGUAAAGAGAUAAGCGUGGAUUCUAUGGACUCCUUAUUAGUAUCGACAGAUGUAACUCAGAAGGGUGCUUUUCAUUCUUCUUCGACUGCCUCAAACCUUGGCAGUCAUGUCAGGACACAUGGAGUUGUUGAUCUCAUGGAAGAAGUCAAUCCAAGUGAGCUAUCAUUUGAUAGCCGUUAUGGGGUGCAAUCUGGUCACCCACACAACUUUGGUAACCAGCUGCAUGCAGGAAACACUUUGCAGUUUGGCCAACCUACAUCAGCAGCAGAGCACUCUAGGGUGCAAUGGGUGUAUCCUAAUAGCAUGUAUCAGGACGACCAAGUGCCUUAUGGCAGACGAACAUCAUAGCAAUUGGACUCAGGGUAUGUGGUUUGCCAUUCAGGAAACUGGAUGAGGAAUCCUUUGUUUGGACUUUGGGGCGCCGCUGCCGCCGAGGACUCGGGGCGUACGCGUUGAAGCAGGCCGGCCAAAUGGAGUUGCACUUGGGUUGUUGGGAUCUCAUCUAACAGAGCGCCUUUGGGAAUACAUGCUGACACUGACUGCUCGUGGGGCUUAGGAACGUUGUAGCAUCGAUGUUACCCCAAUUGACAUGUGUAUACACAUCAUCAUCAUCUUCUUCUUGAAAGAACCCAUAAUUUUCGUCUUUGUUAACA